AUGCACUGCAGGUGGCACAUUAUAAAGAAGGCUAAGGAGACGCUAGGACCGUUCUUUGCUGAUCGUCCAGACCUGCACAAGGCAUUCGAGUUGUGCGUGGACCACAGCUUGACGGUGGAGGAGUUUGAAUGGAGCUGGAUGGCUAUGAUUGAAACAUAUCAAGUCCAAGACAACGAGACACUUGCUAGCCUGUGGGAGAAGCGAAUGUACUGGGUGCCGGUCUACUUCAUGCACUGCUUCUUCCCAUUUCUGCAGACUACGCAACGCAGCGAGGGGUUCAAUGCUGUUCUGAAGCGGUACGUGAGCCCUGGCAACUCAAUGCUGCAGUUUGCCAAGCAGUACACGGCUUUGCAACAAAAAAUACUGUGA